GGUGGACGAACGUCCUGUCCUACGCUUGCGCACUCGGACUAAGAUGGCGGCGGCGGCCCUCCUGGGCUGGGGAGUAGCUGCCGCUGCAGCGGGGCUGCGGAGGCGAUUCUGUCAUGUUACGAAUCCAUAUACAGUUAAGAAACAGCUUCUGCAUCAGUUUGUCCAAAGACCGCUUUUCCCACUCCCUGCAACGUUAUGUAACACAGUGAGAUACAUGUUUAUUCAAACACAAGAUACCCCAAAUCCCAACAGUUUAAAGUUUAUUCCAGGAAAACCAGUUCUUGAGACAAGGACCAUGGAUUUUCCCACCCCAGCUACAGCGUUUCGCUCCCCUCUGGCUAGGCAGUUAUUUAGGAUUGAGGGAGUAAAAAGUGUCUUUUUUGGACCAGAUUUCAUCACUGUCACAAAGGAGAAUGAAGAAUUAGACUGGAAUUUACUGAAACCAGAUAUCUAUGCUACAAUUAUGGAUUUCUUUGCAUCUGGGUUACCUUUAGUUACUGAGGAAACACCUUCAGGAGAAGCAGGAUCUGAAGAUGAUGAUGAAGUUGUGGCAAUGAUUAAGGAAUUGUUAGAUACUAGAAUACGGCCAACUGUGCAGGAAGAUGGAGGAGAUGUAAUCUAUAAAGGCUUUGAAGAUGGCAUCGUACAGCUGAAACUCCAAGGUUCUUGUACCAGCUGCCCCAGUUCAAUCAUUACUCUGAAAAAUGGAAUUCAGAACAUGCUGCAGUUUUAUAUUCCAGAAGUAGAAGGCGUAGAACAGGUUAUGGAUGAUGAAUCAGAUGAAAAAGAAGCAAACUCACCUUAAACUCAUUUGAGUUUUCUGUGGGCCCUGCAGUUGGACUUGUUGAUAAUAUGUACUAAGCUUUUAUUAUUAAUCUGCUAAGCAACUUGAGGAUUAAUAAAAUAUGUCCUUUCUUCAGAGAAUGAUAUAUAAAUAUUGCAUGUUUGCUUUACCUCA